AUGGCUCAGCAGCUUCAUGCUAUUGUCUCUUUCGUCCCUUUAUCAACUUGUUUUGUGAAUCUUCCAUUUAAAUGGUCCCAAUUUCUUUCUGAACAAAACCAGUUACCACAAAAUGUUAUUCUAGAAUUAUCUUGGCAUGAUGCUAAAAUUGCACAAGGCAAAGCAUAUGUUGGAUGGUCUGGGUUUUCUUCAAAGGCUGAUCAUUCCGAUGCUAUCGAAAUAGACCCACAAUUUGGCGAGGCUAUUGGUUUACACCAUGGUCAAAAGAUUUACUUUAAACGUUUCGAAGAUAUAGUGCCAGAGGCCAAUUCUGUAGAAGUUGAACCGAUUAGUUCUGAUGAUUGGGAAAUUAUAGAACGUAAUAGUAGAUAUUUAGAAGACUCUUUUAUUAAGCAACAACGCGUUGUAUAUCCUAAUGAGGUUAUGGGUCCUUGUGUUAAAUUAAGCGAGAGUACGGAAAUUGCUGUGGCACCCAAGUCAAGAAAAACAAAAAAUAAUGCGGAAACUAAAGAUAUCGCAUCAAACAGCAUUUUUAAUGCUCGUGUAUAUUGUUUGCGCGUUUUACCUCAGGCGUUUCUUUCACCUGAUUUACUACAACCAAGUGCCAAUGAUUUCUGUACUGUGUAUAUUCAUCCAACUGAUUUUACGCGAAUCGGACUCCCAAAUCCUAAAAUUGUGCGUGUAUCUAAAAUACAACCAUCCCACCAAAACAAGGAAACUGAUGAUAAAUCAGACAAUGAUGGCAGAAACCAUUCAUUACCAGCAUUAUAUGUUAAAGUACUGGUUAAGGACAGCGUGGUCCCUGGACAUGUCGUAUUGUGUGAGAGUAUAAUGGAUGUCCUGGACGUGCAAAAGUUUGACAUAAUUCGCUUAGUGCCUCCACAUUCAAAUUCUACUUUAUUAACUCACAUAAUAAUUCGAUGUAUAUCACAUCCUUUUCAAUCUGCUUCUUUAAAACUUCAUUCCAACACCAGUUCAACGCCUGUAGAUAGAUCCAUCAUUUCCACUAUAACUAAUUCAGUUAAUGCAUGGAUUGAGAAAUUAUCAGCAUCUUCGGAUAUUGUUUUGACAAAUGGGAUGAAAUUAUCCUUAUCAUCAGCAAAUAGUGAUAUAAAUGUUGUGGCUUUCUUUGGUGGAAAGCCAGUUGGUCAAAAUGAUGGUCGUCACAGCAAAAACGAUACUUCAGAAAUGUAUGCAAUAACUUCAAAAAAUCAUUUGAAUAAUAUAAAAAUAGAAGUUGGUGACAAUAUAUCUUUUGCUGAUCAUAAGCUUUUAAAACAACACAAUAAUGGUUAUCUUCCUCUACUAGCUGGCGUUGAAAAACUAUCUCAAAGGCUACAAAAAUAUCUCCGAUAUUGUCUCGGAAAAGCGAAUUUGCGGAAUGUUUUGCAUAUUCCAGGCAUGGGUGGUUUAUUAUUAUGUGGUGGCCAUGGAUCCGGAAAAACUUGUAUUGCAAAAACUGUAGCUUCUUAUUUAGAGCGAGAUCUAAAUACUCUAGCAUAUUGCAGUGUCAUUAAAUGUACUGAAUUAUCAGAGGAUCGUAUAUCAUCUGUAAGAGAAAAACUGCAAACCUUUUUCGACGAUGCUGCUUGGCAUGCGCCUAGUAUACUUUUGUUUGACGACCUCGACAGGCUAAUUCCGGCAGAAGUUGAACAUGUGGAUUCUUUCAGGUUUCGACAACUUGCCGAAUGUUUUUUCCAUAUUGCAUCAAAGAUGCUAAAAAGACAUCGUAUCACAAUUUUGGCGACAGCACAACAAAAAUCUUCUAUUCACUCGUUCCUAACUACAAGUCACUUGUUUAGUGAAAUCGCUCAAUUAAAUCCACCAACGAAAACAGAAAGAUAUGAGAUUCUUAAGGCGAUAAUGUCUUGUGGUCCUGAACUUGCCAAAAAAAGCUUAUCGAAUGUUGAUUUACUUUCUGUGGCAAGUGAAUGUGAAGGUUAUUUGGCAGCAGACCUUAAAACACUUGUGGAACGAACAAUACAUGAGGGUGCAGUUAGGAAUUUACAAAACAAUAUCAAUGAAGCUGAUUUUUUAUUAGUUCAAGAUGAUUUCCGAAAAGCGCAGAAAGGGUUCGUUCCCUUUUCACUUCGUGGUGUGAAAUUACAUACUUCAGAUGUAAGCUGGACUGAUAUAGGAGGUCUUGAAGAAACGCGAAAGGUAUUAUUAGAGACAUUGGAAUGGCCUACAAAAUACGCGUCUAUUUUUGCCAAUUGUCCUCUUAGAUUGCGGUCUGGGCUCCUUUUAUAUGGAUUUCCUGGUUGUGGCAAGACACUAUUGGCAUCAGCUGUUGCAAAAGAGUGUGGACUCAAUUUUAUUAGUGUCAAAGGUCCCGAACUAUUAAAUAAAUAUAUUGGCGCUAGUGAGAAAUCGGUGAGAGAUCUCUUUGAGCGAGCGCAAGCUGCCAAACCCUGUGCUUUAUUUUUUGAUGAAUUUGAUUCUAUCGCACCUAAAAG